AAAAAAAAAAAAAAAAAAAAAAAGUGUAUGGCUCUUGAGAAACAAUACCCAAGAUUGAUCUCUAGUCUCUACAUGCUUACAUGAACAUGCACAUAAAUGUAUAUAUACACAUACAUAAAAAAAUAAGGGGCAAAUCUGGGGCUGGAAAGAUGUCUCAGUGGUUAACAGCAUUUACUGCUCUUCCAGUGGACCCAAGAUCAGUUUACAGCACUCAUGAAAGGCAGCUUACAACUGUCUGUAACUUCAGUUCCAGGGGCAUCCCAUGCCUCUGGCCUCUGCAGGCACCUGCACUAAUGUGUACAUACCCACAUGUAGACAUAUACAUCUACACCUAAUUAAAAUAAUUAAAAAAUCUUAAAAACAGAUAAGUCUAUAUAGACAGGCUAGACGAACUACUCUAAAAUCAAUAGUAAUAUUGGCCGCAUUUCUGAAUAUAUGACACAAAAAUGUUCAUGUUACAAAAACUGAGGCAUAUGGUGUGGGUGUUAUAGCUCAGUAAGCCUGUUUGAAGAAUUGUCUUUUAUCUAUUUGUAUGGCAUGUCUUUGUAAUUAACCUCAAAUGGUAGGAACUAGUUAGGAGGAUGGGGGAGAAGUUUCCCAAUCAGUUAACAUUGCAAGGAUUCCAGGGAUUGCUUAAUUAUCUUCUUUUCUUCAUUUGAAUCCUAAGUGAAGGAGGAGGAGGAGAAAGAGGAGGGUGGGAUGGUGAGGUGAUGGGAGAAGAAAUGUCAUUGUCAUCAUCAUUUGCCCUGUACAGUUAGGGUCAGACCUCUUUGAUUUACUGCCCUAAUCCCUGAGAUUCUGAGUGGUAUCUUUGUUCUGUGGACUGACCAUUCCAGAACAAAUCUGUUUUUCUGAGUCUGCAAAGCUAAGAAAUGGCAAUGCCAGAGGUCAGCAGAUAGACACAGGAAGCCACUUUGUCUUCAAUUCUGUAGAAUGUUAGGAGCUUUGUGUUAUUGGACUCUUGCUGCUUGGGAACUUUGUUCCCGAUAGAUGGGCAAAGAUAGAUGGGAUAACUCAAAGGCCAGGGAGAAGUGGUAUAGUGUUUGCAAAAGCCUCCAUGCUUUGACUCUAGGGAUAGACACCUCCCAAUCCAGAGCUCUGGCCCCUCAUCAGCAAGUUAGGAGAGAGAAAAGUCUUCUCACGACAGGUUGUGCACAGCUAGUGGGCCUGGACCUUCUCUGCAAGUGCUACAGGUGUGUGCCUGAGGAGCUGUCCUGGAAUGGUCCUGGAACUUGGGGUGGCCCCCAAGAUCAGAGCUUGAAAAGGGGAAGAGGAUUGCCUAUAUGGAAAAGUGGUGGUCAGGACGGAAAGUGGACAAAGAGAUGGCUGGACAGCUGCACUCACUGCUGGUGCAGCCAGCAGCCUGCCCUCUGCUCUUGGGGUUAACAGCAAACGUGCUGGAUUGGCUUCUAGAUAGAUGGCAGAGAUGAGCCAGCACUGCAGAGAGAUGCUAGAAAGGCACAAGAGGAAAGAAAAUCCUGCUUGAGCUUCCUUCAAAUGGACAGUCCCGCAUGUUGCCCUCCUGCGCAGGUUUAUAUCCUCAUGAAGGCCCUCAGAAAUAAGCAGGCAUUGUUGGGCAUUGUUCUUGUUCAGCAUAAGGGCCAAAGGAGGAUUUAUAUUUUCAUAGAUAUGUUAUAGGCUAAACCCAACACUCCCCACCCACCCAUGCUUACUUGAACACUGAGAGUCCUCAAGCAGCUCUGUUAAAGAAGGAAAAUGCUGCCGGGCGGCGGUGGCACAUGCCUUUAAUCCCAGCACAGGAGAGGCAGAGGCAGGCGGAUCUCUGUGAGUUCGAGGCCAGCCUGGUCUGCAGAGUGAGAUCCAGGACAAGCACCAAAGCUGCGCAGAGAAACCCUGUCUCAAAAAACAAAAAACAAAAAAUUAAAAAAAAAAAAAAAAAGAGGAAAAUGCUUCCCACAGUCCACUAAUGUAAGGGCAUGCAUUUUUUCACACUGUAACCUCUUGGCAGUUGUGUUACAUCAAUGGCAUCCUUCUAACAGUGCAUUUACCAAUUGUUGCUGUCCUAAACUUGGUGGAAUGUGGCCUGUGGUAUCAGAUAUUGAACUGUGGGGUUGCAUUGUCCUUUAUGCUUUGCCACCUGGCCUAGGUUGUAUGUGUUGAGUAAUCCAAUGCCCAUCCCAGGUUUGUGACCAGGAGCUCCCAUGUUCCUUGUCUCUGGAGAGAGCCAAUGGCAUCCUUUUAUUUUUGCAGGCUUUUAUCAGUAGAGCACAGGCAGAUCUUCCACCCUCAGGUCACUAACUACAAAAAGUUUGGUGAGACUUUCCUUCUUGCCCUGGCCUUUUUGUUCAUCUAGGUACUCAGUUUCUGUGACCCUCUCUGGAACUUCUCUGGGCCCAUCCUCAGCAGCAGGCCUGUCCCAAUGUAACUCACUCAUUGCUGUUCCUGGAAAGAUGAGGGAAGGGAACAAUGCUUUGUUCUAGCAUGGAAAAUGACCAGCAACUUCCUUAUCCUUCUGAGACAAACUGCUUGCUCGAUGACAUGUGAGGGUUAUUUCUGCAUGUGCACUCCAUCUUUUCCAAAGGCUUCUCUGUAGGUAAGAGCUUCUGACCCUAGUCACUUCACUUCUCAGACUGCUGAGUCUUUACAGCUGAAGGUCCCUCUCCUCUGAGAUGGACAGUAUCACCUAGCAGUAUGCUUGCCCAGACGACAUGAACCAGGUCAAAAGUAACCGAGAACUGUUCCUACAAUACUCAGCCACAGCCCCCAAACUGCUGGCCCACGUCUCCAAACUCCUCAUUGUCUGCCGAAACGCAGGCAUUUCCAUCCCAAAAGGCAUCAGGAAUAUCUUUGAGUUCACCUGGGAGGAGCUCAUCAGCGACCCUGCAGUGCCCACCCCAUCUGACAUCCAGGAUCUGGUAAUCACUUUUGGGGCUCCUACAGUGGUGCUUGCAGAGGUGAUCCCAGUGCAGCCCCCCAUCCAGAAGAAGCCAGCUCCACCACCACCACCCCCAAUACUGCUCACAGCCACCAGCGGGGGCAAGCACUCGGCCCCCACCCCUGCCUCUGCUCGAGUGGUCCCCCCUGGCCAAGAUACCCUGCACAAGUUCCAGCGGCAGUCCAUCCACCUGCUGACAGAGCUGCUUUCCCUGAAGAUGAAGGCCAUGGUGGAGUCUGCCUCUGCAGGUGCCAAUCCUCUGGACAUCACCAAGCGCUUUGUGGAGGCCAGCCAGCUCCUCCAUCUCAAUGCCAAGGAGAUGGCCUUUGACUGCCUGAUUGGCACUGUCGGAAAAAGCUGCUUCCGUACAGCACAGCUGAGGAAAGAAUCCUCCGUGAACAUUUCUGCCAUUGGAGUGAGCACACCUUAUCAGCUGGUCUACCAGACUUCCACAGCCUGCCUGAGCUUCUCCCUCUCCACAGGAAAGGAAGUCAAGAAGAAAGGCAAAAAGGCUAUAGAUGAGAUCACAUCCCCACUCCCUCGAGUUCGAACCCCUCCUGAAAGCAUCAUCUUCGAGAUCCAGGACCCCUGCCCUGAGGCCCGGGAAAAGCUGCAGGAUAUGUGUCGCCACAUAGAAGCCGAAAGGAUCUUGUGGAGAGGGAGGAAUAUCUCCUGCCCCAUGAUUUUACGCAACUACAGGGCAAAGAUACCCUCUCAUUUAAUGUUGACCUCCAAGGGGGACACUCACCAUCCUCCCACUGCGGGGACUCAGAUUACUACUUCCACUCCUCACCAGCCUUCCAGCCACCAUGCUCACGCGGGCCGCCAUUCUCAAGAGUGGAAGGGGCCCAAGAAGCCCAUCAAGCUGCAUUACACUUUCUAUGAUGGCUCUUCCUUCAUUUACUAUCCCUCCGGAAACAUCGCCAUGCUUCAGAUUCCCACGUGCUGCAGAGGGAAACCCAUCACCUGCCUCUUUAACGACGUACCUAACACCUUCCUGGCUCUGUUCAAUUCUGAUGGCCAGGGCUGUGUUUACUACAACCUGAAGAACAGCUGUCCAUAUGUCGUGGUUUUGGAUGAGGAAGGUGGAAUCACAAAUGACCAAAAGGGCUACAUAGUCCAUAAGUGGAGCUGGGCUAACAAGACUGAGACAUUGCUCUCUCUGGAAUACAAGGUGAAUGAACAAAUGAAGCUAACAGUCUUGGGGCAGGACUCCGUCACCGUCACCUUCACCUCCUUGAAUGAGUCGGUAACACUCAGUGUGUCACCCAAAAGCUGUCCCCAUGGCGUGGUGCAUGACAAACGGUCAGUUCGCAGAAUCAGUACCAUGGAUGACAAGAUGUUAAAGAUAAACAGAGCCCUGGUUGAGAUCAAGAAGCGGUUUCAGAAGACUGUGACUCAGUUUAUGAACUCUGUGUUGCUGGCUGCAGGUCUAUUCACCAUAGAAUAUCCCGCCAUGAGGGAAGACACAGAAGCUAGUCGGUUCAAGGUGAAAUCCGGGUCUUAUCCUGAUCGGAGCCGUAAGUCAAGUUUUUACCAAGGAGAAACCCUUGUGCGAUCCCAUUCAGCCCGACCAGAUUCCUUAAUUGAAGACAAGGAGAAGGAGGAGUCUAUACACACGCUCUUGAUCCCUGUUCAAAAGAAGAGCAACAGAGUCCAGGCCAAAGUCACACCAAGAGGGAAGCAGCCGAGAGAGGUACGCAGCCCCACCAGGUGGGCAGCCUCACCCUAUGACUGCCCACUGGUGCUGCGGAGGCUCAUUCACAAGGAAGACAUCCGGGCCGGCUGCAAGUGUAUUGUGAAGGCACCCCUGGUGUCCGACUUGGAGCUAGAGCGCUUCCUGUCUGCACCCCGAGACCCCAACCAAGUGCUGGUAUUCGGGAUAAUGUCGAGCCAGAAUCCCAACUGUACCGCACAGCUACAGUGGCUGCUGGACACACUGUAUAGCCAUCGGCAGCAGGGCCGUUCCUCCCCGUGCAUCCAGUGCCAGCAUGACCCUUACCGCCUGCUGCGGUAUGACCUGGACAGCCCCCUGCAGAAGGAUCCACCCCUAAUGGUGAAGAAGUUUGCUGUGAUGCAUGGGAUGGUUUUGAUGUUUGCUGGCGGGAAGCUCCUUUUUGGGGGCUGUGUCCUAAAUGGCUAUGGCUUCAGCAAGCAGAAUCUGCUGAAACAGAUCUUCAGGGCUCGACAGGAUUGCAAGAUGGGCUACUUCCUGCCAGACAACUACAAAUUCAACAUGUCAACCUAUAUCACAAACCUGGAUGAUUCUGAGUCAGCUAAAAGAGUGCCAUCUGAAGAUCUCGAAGGAAGUGCCUCUUCAUUGGCGCUUGGGGACAAAAUGGAUAAAACACCUUCUACCCCCCCUGAAAAGUAUGUUUUCCCUAUAUCUCUAGUUGACAGAUUAGGAAUGGCUCAUUAUAGGAUCCCUAGCUUAAUCACAGGCCACUACAGCUACCACAGCAUGGCUUAUGCCUUGGAAAUCUGUGUCCCUCCGAGUACAGGUCAGCCCCUGAUUUCCAGCCUGUCUUGCAUUGUCUCAUUGGGUGUCAGGGUUGUGCACUAGGAGAUACACUUUGCAGCAAGGCUCCCUAGUCCAGACCCACCUGUCAGAAGGAUGGAGGCCACGCCCGACUCCAGCAAGUUUCUUAGUGAUGGUGACAGGGAACCAAAUCAAAAUUCUGUAGUGUCACUCUUUCCAGAAAGAUGGAAAAGUGCUAAGAUCAAGCUAUGGAUGCCACUGGGCCCCCAAGUUGGAGCUGUCACCUGGCACUCUCCCUCUAGGGCCAUGCCCUCAUCAGCUGGGCCAGGCUCCCUGCCUGCUCGCUUGCUGCCCAGCACCUGCUUCUUCCUGUUGCAUAUUUAGGUCGAAACAGCCUGAAGUAGAACUGCAGCCUUACUUGAAGACCAGGAGGAGCAGCAAGAAGGGCAGUAACUGGAAGAAGUCAGGUUCUAAGAAGUGAUGCUGGAAGAGCCAGCGAUGCCCUCCCCACACCCAGCCCUACCUCCUGGUCUCCCACCACCCUUCAAUAAACGUACAUGCCUCCAGUGUCUGGGUGAGGCGGUGGUGGGUGGGGCAGGCCCAGCUCUGACUCCAAGAAGGCCAGAGGAUCCCCACAGCUAGUUUCAGGCCAGGUUCUUGGAAACUUGCUACCCCCAACUCAGAGCUUCCUCUGUGGCCAGGAGUAAGCCUGAAUCGACCAUUCUGGUGAACACAUGUCUCAUGGCCAAGAUCCUGCCUGCUCAACCAUUCAGCAACCCUAGGGAGCCUCGGAAGGGGCUAGACUGUGGCUCUCACCCUCUGUCAAGUGGGAAAGACUUCUAAGACUUCUGAUAGAAAGAAGAUGAGAAGGGACUCACAGAAAGGGAGAAGAGACAGAGAGUGGUGGAAAGAGAUGGGAGAGCAAGCAGGAAUGAGGAUGGAGGGGCAGAAAGGGAUGACUAAGGAAGUGAGAGAUAAAGACAGAGAGAAGGAGUCGGCUGAAGGCCAGAGUCCAGCAGACACCUUGCAGGCUCUCAUCACCAUUUAGCUCAGCAAUGGAACAUAGGGCUGGACUGGAUUCUCCUUUUUCUGGAGCAGGCCUGGAGUAUCCUUUUCAAUAUCCAGAGGCGCCAGGCAACAGUCUUCUGGAGUGCUGCCUUGUCCCUUACCUCUGAGAGAGCUGGAUCUCCUCCACUGUGUGGUUGAUAAGAGUUGUGUCCCCAGAGCAAAGAUUGUGGAGGGUCUGCCUUGGUCUUUGCGCCUAGAAUAGAGUUCAGGCCCCAAACUCCAGGUAGCAUUUGGUGAUGUAUUUCACAGAUAACCAUUUGUGCUUCCUCAGUAACACAUGCUUUUUCUAUCUGAAUUUUUUUAAGGCUUAGUUUUGUUCUUUGUUCGUUUUUUUUUUUAUUUUGUUUUGUAGCUUGAAAGAUAUUUUUUGAGUUAUAUGUUUCUUCCCCUAGAAGUAUAUUUGAAGUGGUCUGCCCUGUUCUUAGGCUUCAUAUGUUGAUAUUUUCAGGCCUUGAUGUUUGUUAGGGGGCUUAGAGCUCUAAGCAUCCCCCACCCUUCCCCUCCAAGCACAAAGACAGAAGCAAGAAGGCAAGGGGCCAAAGUUCUGUUCUGUCCUCACAGAUAGGCACCCCAAUACCUGGUGAAGGUUGGAACCAAGGCCUCUGCUCAGGCUAGAGUCUGAAAUGAAGCCUCUGACCUGCACCUCUCUGACCUUUAGGCCAUGUGCUCAGCUAUGCUCAAUCAAGCAAAUAUGCUAAGCAGUCAGUUCUGUGUGCACCAGGAGCAGAGGCAGGCCAGGUCCUGGCUCCCUGCAGGGUGCUCAUCACCCUGGAGGGCUGCCUGUGAACAGGAACACCUCCCACUGGCAGAGCAGGCAGUGAAUGUCCAGGGCAACACUGUCAGAUUGCUCCUGGAGGAGGAGGAGAGGAAAGUCCCUCUACAUGGAAAUGCCAGGAGAGAGAGGUAGGCUUUCCUCCACGAUGGCUCUCACUAAGCAGGAAGCUAGGUGUCUGAGCUAUCUCUUGAUUAGCACAAGGCUUCUUAAACUUUACCUACUUAGGAGUAAGAAAUUUUUACAUAAUUUUUACAUGUAUGUAAAACAAGUAUGCAAAUCAAAUAUUUACUGAUAAAUAAUAAAGAAAUGUAUUUUAAAACAA